AUGGGUAAUAAUCAGCUGCUCCGAAAGGCUUCUAGUGCCGCGUUAAUGAACGUUCUGGGGGCAAAACGGGUUUCCGGUAGUGUGGUACUUCGUAGGUCGAGUGAUCAGAAAUACUCGCAUUCAGGUCCAUAUGAUGAUGGUCAAAGCGAUGAUUUGGACAUUGAUUUGAUGAUAUUUAGUCUUGCAUUUAUGCUCACAUGCUACUUGAUGUUAACAGUGGUUUAUUUCGCGGUCAGAUACUUCCUGAGACGGUAUUUCAGGUCCGGUAUCGCUCUAGGAAGCGAUAGCGAGCAUAGCGUGGCAGGGACAUCAGAAAGAUUUAGAUGGACCAGCACAUUAGAUGAUCCAGAUGAGGUGAAAGAUAAACUUGCUAGUAUGUCUCCUGAGGAGCAGUUCUAUUACAAACAGGGGGAAGAAUACAUUCGGCAAAAUCCGCCUUUGCUAAUACCGGAGAACUCUUCGGCAAGCGAGGUCGACCCGAUCAUCAACGAACAGUCCAUUCAAUUCAUUGAGGAAGAAGGCGCUUGUGCAUGGGAGUUUCAGCCCGACCCAAAACUUCCGAAUGACAGCAUUUUGGUCGAAAACCGGUCCGAAAUAACCUUUCUUAAUUACAAUUAUGACGUGUCUGUGAUGACCAAUUUACCCAUUCCUCGUUUAAACCGAGUUUACUAUUGCGAAUUUAAGAUCUUCGAAUUGAACACUGCUGGCAGUAAUAAUAAUCAUCUUUCUCAAAAUGAGACAAUAUCUUUUGGAUUGUCCACUUGUCCAUACCCUUAUUUUAGACUUCCCGGAAGGCAUCAUCACUCGAUAGGCUACGAUUCUACUGGAGCACGAAGACUAAAUGACUCUUUCGAACUUUCGUCACAGUUGGCAUCCAUUUUUCCUCGCUGCGAAAAGGGUGACGUUAUUGGUAUAGGUUAUCGAACCAACAGUGGAACAGUCUUUUUCACUCGCAACGGUAAGAAGCUCAGUGAAAGGUCAAUUGGAGGGCAUAUUAAAGGCUGGAAAUUCAAGUACGUCUACCCUAUAGUGGGUUCAAACAUACCCUGUAAAAUCCACGUGAACUUUGGUACCUAUGGAUUUGUGUUCAUUGAAGCUAACGUGAAGAAAUGGGGCUAUGCCAAAUCCCAUGGCUUGAAAUUACCACCACCUUCCUAUGACAAUUAUGGGCAGGAUAUGCUACUCGAAAGCGGCUAUGAAGACGAUGACACGGAUGUUGAAAGCAUCUCAACGACUGAUGGCGACAUAAUGGAUCAAGAGGGUCACCUCCUGCCUCCACCGCCAGGAUUCGAAUUUAGCGUUUCUCCUCAACCCUCCAAUGCAGGGCAAUUUACAUUGAACUCCUUACCAGCAGAGCCACCAAGAUAUGCGUCUAAUGAGGCAAAUACACAGGAAGAAGAAGAAGCGGCAAUUCAGGUGGAAGAGGUGGCUCAUCUAAAUGAGGAGGAACGGAAUGAUUCAUAUGGUGGAAACGAACUAGGCAAAAAUACUAUAGCUAACCAGUUCUUAUAG